GUUUAUUUAGAAAGCAGAAGCAGACCGUUUCCGCGGUUCUCUGUAAGGAACUAACAAAUUCCUACAAAAGCAGCCCACUGCAGGUUCCUCCUUCUUCCGCUAGUGGAUAUUAUUAUAGUGACAUUGGUGCUAUAGGAAGGGUUAGUGCAGACCGGAGGAUCAGGAGAUAGCAUCACACAGGGCAGAAAGUGAGGAUACUGGUCAUCUCCAUCCUGGACAGUGAUGAUCACAUAAAUGGAGUGGCUGGAGCUGCUUUGGAAAAAUGUCCUGCGUCCUGUCAGUGUGACUGGGAUAUUCAGAGCGUGGCAUGUUUUGGAUCAGACGUGAUGCCGAGGUUCCCCCUCAGCACUCAGGAGCUGUGGCUUCUGGAGACAAAACUCGUAUUUGUACCCCAGGAUGCUUUUGCUCAUCUGCUCAACAUCUCUCACAUUUACAUAUCCAAUGACAACUCUUUAGAAUAUCUAGAGAGACAUUCUUUCUACAAUUUGCCCAGAGUCAGGCACAUACAGCUCACCAGCAUAAAAACAUUAGACUUUAUUGACUGUGAAGCAUUCAAGAAUCUGCCAAAUCUGAAGUACCUUGGGAUCAUCAAUACUGGUAUCAGAACAUUCCCCGAGUUGCAACAUAUCCAUUCAUUUCAAGACGAUUUUGUUUUGGAGAUUGUCGAGAAUGCCCUUGUUAAAGUUAUGCCUGCUAAUGCUCUGAGUGGAAUCUCAGCGAGUCUUAUUGUAAUGCUCCAUAGUAACGGCUUAAGAGAGAUCCAGCGCUUUGCAUUCAAUGGGAGUUGUCUCGAAGAAGUGUAUCUCCAGAGGAAUAUGUAUAUGGACCAAAUAGACAAGUUUGCUUUUCAUGGAGUGAAUUGUGGCCCAACUCAUAUAGACAUUUCAGAAACUAAAGUGCAGUCCCUGCCUUCAAUAGGUAUGGAAGCCAUUGAAAAGCUUCAGGCUAAAAACACUUGGACUCUCAAAGUGCUCCCUCCACUUAGGACCUUCAUCCAUUUACAACAUGCUGAAUUGACCUACCCAAGUCAUUGUUGUGGUCUAAAAAUGUUGAAGAGAUGGAGGGGACUCGCAGAGAUGACUAUUUGCAACCUUUCAAAGAGCACACUGACGAAGCCUCGAGACUCCUCCUCCCCUCUGUUAGAGAGCUACGACUUUGAUGACCUACAAUCAGCACAUAUGUCCAAUGUUCCUGUUUGUUCAGAUGUGGACUAUGAGGACAAGGCUCUUUUUCAUGUGGAAUUCCCUACAGAAAGCCCUUCUGAGGGUUUUAACUUUGCUUUGUGUAACAGUGUUGGUGCUGAUACUGAGCUUGUGUGCUCGCCUGUGCCUGAUCUGUUCAACCCCUGUGAAGACGUGAUCAGCCAAAACUUCCUCCGACCACUGGUCUGGGUGGUCAGUCUUUUGGCCCUCUCUGCCAACCUACUGGUGAUGUUGACUCUUUUGACCAGUCAGCAAAAGUUAACUGUUACUCGUUUUUUAAUGGGCCAACUGGCUUUUGCAGACUUCUGCAUGGGAGUAUACCUACUCCUAAUUGCGUCUGUGGACAUCUACACACAGUCUCAUUAUUACCACUAUGCUAUGGUGUGGCAAAAUGGAGCUGGCUGUAGUCUUGCAGGAACACUAUCGGUGUUUGCUUGUGAGCUUUCUGUCUAUACUCUAACUUUAAUCAGUAUUCAGAGGUGGUAUGCCAUAUUCAAUGCUAUGAGGCUGGACAAUAAAAUGCGUCUACGCCAUGCAGUAGUAUUGAUGGUCAUAGGCUGGGCACUAUGUGGGACUGUGGCCCUGCUGCCUGUGGUUGGUGUGAGCAGUUACCAAAAGGUGAGCGUUUGUUUACCCAUGGACACUGGGAGCACUGCUGCACGGGCCUAUGUGGUCGUUGUGCUCAUGAUGAAUGUCACUUCUUUCCUGGUAGUUUGUUUAUGUUACCUCCACAUCUAUUGUAUGGUGCAUAAUCCCCAACACCAGUCCAGUAAAUAUGACACCGGUAUGGCAAAACGCAUGGCCAUCCUCAUUUUCACAAACUUUUUGUGUCUGGUGCCAAUCUGCUUCUAUGGUUUGUCUGCAGCCCUGCAUCAGCCACUCCUUACUAUCACUGACUCCAAGGUGCUACUUGUGCUUUUCUAUCCUCUCAAUUCGUGCACACAUCCCUUUUUCUAUGCCAUUCUGACCAAGGGCUUUCACCAAGACAUCUUGAUGCUGCUGAAUAGGAUGGGGCUGUGCCAGAAACGGGCUCAUCUUUACCGAAGCCAGCUUCUUCAUCUUGGCAACAAUCCAACAAUAAUUUUACAAAAACUGAAGGUACAGGAGUCAGCUGACUAUAAGCAGUCUGUAUCCCAGAGCCAUAGCUUUGUGCUGUCCUGACAUUUUAAACCAAGUUGCUCUUGUGAAUGAGUAUUUUUUAAUUAAAAUUUGUCUUUACCGUU